GAGCCUAUAAUUUAGCUCGUGGCGCUUCAGGCAAGGCUGCGGCGUGGAACUGCGGAAUGGGGCCCGGCGUAGCGAAGUGUGAGGGAAAUAAUCUAUUUUUUUUUCUAUUUAUAAUAGAUGACUGUUGUCCACCUUCAGUUACUGCUGCAGAGACUCGCCAACUAAUAUAAAAGCGAGUCAACCGCUUGUCCUGUCGCUACCGCCACCACUGCUCUUCGACCUGCGCCAAAACCGCCCUGCCAGGAUCUUCGCUCAACGUCUUUGGUUCAAGAUGCCCACAAAAUCAGUCUUCGGCAUCGAGACUUGGGUCAACGUCGGCCCGCUCACGACGACAUUCACAGCGCCUGCGACCUGCGCCACGCCUCAACCCGCGGUUGUCGGCCUCGUGAAGGACGUUCCGCCGGAGUUCAACGUGGCUGGAGACGCAUUUGAGAUUUCUUGCAACUACUCGGCUCGAGACGGCUGUUUACCGCUGCCCAAUGAACGCGCUGAGCUGAUCAAGAACGAAGUCGGACUUGCACCCAUCAGCCCGUACUACUCGCCCGCGUAUGACUGCCCCUCCGGCUGGACCACCGUCGGAGCCAAAGCUGCGAGCACCCCGGGAUCCGGAGCCUUCACCUCGGACGGCUUUGGGUAUUUUGAUAACGGCGGCGAGCCAACCAGCACGCUGGCGUUCUGGAACGCCAAGGUGGACUUCCUCUUGGGCCCCGACGAGACCAUGGUCAUCUGCUGCCCCAGCGGUUACCGUCCGGCUGCCACCGCGGGUCGCUGUCUAUCUACCAUGGGCCCGCUGAGCUCCUACUCGUACAGCACCGCCUGUGACUACUCGUGGGGCGGCACGUCUUUGGGUACGCUUACAGCCGUAGGCCCUAGUUCAACUGAGACUAUCACUGCAACCAUUCUGACUAUGCUCAAAACCACUGAGGUUCCCAUUAGCGAGUUGGUCACUGCUACAAAGCGUUUGGACUACGUUGUUAGGGAUGCCUAUCCUAUGCUGUACCUUAUUCACGCCAAGGGUGACUCCACAAAGGACGGCGGCAACAAGAAUGGCGGUAACAAAGACAGUGGCAACAAGCAGGAUAGCAGCAAGAAGGGUCAUGCGCCGGUCGACAAGCCCAACAAGUGGAUGUUUAUGGGUAUGCCCUUUCUUGUUGCUGGACUGGGUGCCUUUGCCGCUAUGCACAUCUAAAGUGGGAGAAUACUAGUCAAUCUUGCGACUUUGGCUGAUAAUAAUGGAUUUAUGUACUAUGGCCGUGGAGUUGCGUAUUUUAGAUACAAAGUUAUUAUAGAGCUGGCAAGAAUUACCAAUCAUGUAUUAGGUUCCCGACCUCCAGUGGUGUUAUUAUGUAUUAACUUGGCACUUCAGACGAAAUCUUGGGUAGUAACAUUACAACAUGCGAAUACGCUUCACUUAUCGCGUCAGAGAAGAUGCCGCGGAUUAAUUUGCAGAGGUCGGGUCAGUGAGGUUACCCUACUGUAGGUUUUGUACAAUGGAACGCGAAUCUCUGUAGCUGGUUAAUUAAUUGCCCCAAGUCAACACGAAG